CUCGAGUUUCGGUGAAAUGGGAAAAUAUAUAAUGGAUUAACGUAGGGCAUUGUCUCCUAAGAAAAGGUAAAAAAACGCUACAUAUCCUUCCUUCCUAUGCGAGAUCGAGAGAGGCUGCAAGCAGGACCAUGGAAGAAUCCCCUCUCGGAAUCACUACUCCUCUGAUACGAAAGGAUGAGAAAUCUGAGGUUCAAAGCAGCACCGUGCCGUCGAGCUCUCAAGAUCCCUAUUGGGAGAUUCGGGAAGCCGAGGAGGAGGAGGAGCAGGAGCAGGAGAACUCACCGGUGGAACAGGUGGCGCUGACGGUGCCGACAACCGAUGACCCGUCGCUGCCGGUGCUGACGUUCCGGAUGUGGGUGCUGGGAGUCGUUUCGUGCGCUCUCUUGUCGUUCCUGAACCAGUUCUUCUGGUACAGGACGGAGCCGCUGACUAUAACGGCGAUCUCCGCUCAAAUUGCGGUGGUGCCGCUGGGGCAGCUGAUGGCGGCGAAGUUGAGCAAGCGGGUGUUCUUCAAGGGGAAGCCGUGGGAGUUCACGCUGAAUCCAGGGCCUUUCAAUGUGAAGGAGCACGUGCUCAUCACCAUCUUCGCGAACUCCGGCGCCGGCACCGUCUACGCCAUUCACGUGGUUACAGUGGUGAAGGUGUUCUAUAAGAAGCACAUCACCUUCUUCGUGUCCUUGAUCGUGAUUAUAACAACCCAGGUGUUGGGGUUUGGAUGGGCCGGCAUAUUCCGACGCUACCUGGUGGAGCCGGCGGCCAUGUGGUGGCCUGCAAACCUUGUCCAGGUUUCACUCUUCAGGGCCCUGCACGAGAAAGAGGAACGACCCAAAGGAGGGGUGACGAGAACUCAAUUCUUCCUGAUUGCCUUGGCUUGCAGCUUCGCUUACUAUGUGUUUCCCGGUUAUCUCUUCCAAAUGCUGACUUCCUUCUCCUGGUUGUGUUGGAUAUUCCCCAAAUCGGUGCUUGCCCAGCAGCUAGGCUCCGGUCUCUACGGCCUCGGUAUCGCUGCUUUUGGAUUCGACUGGUCCACCAUCUCAUCUUACCUCGGAAGCCCACUAGCAAGCCCUUGGUUUGCCACAGCCAAUGUCGCUGCCGGCUUUAUCUUUGUCAUGUAUGUCUUGAUUCCCAUAUGCUACUGGCUUAAUGUCUACAAAGCCAAAACCUUCCCCAUUUUCUCUGAUGAUCUCUUCCAAUCCAAUGGCCUUAAAUACAACAUUUCAAGCAUCAUUGAUUCUAAUUUCCACCUUGACAUCGCCGCCUAUCUGCGAGCAGGACCUCUUUACCUUAGUACCUUUUUCGCCAUGACUUAUGGGGUUGGCUUUGCCGCGCUGACCGCCACCAUUGUACAUGUCUUACUGUUUCAUGGAAGAGAAAUAUGGGAGCAGAGCAAAUCAAGUUUUAAAGAGAGAACCAUGGACAUACACACAAGACUCAUGAGCAGGUAUAAGCAAGUCCCAGAGUGGUGGUUUUGGCUGAUCCUUGUUAUAAACAUUGGAGCCACCAUCUUUGCAUGUGAGUAUUACAUCGACCAACUUCAGUUGCCCUGGUGGGGAGUUCUCUUGGCAUGCCUGAUUGCCUUUAUCUUCACUCUUCCUAUUGGGAUCAUCACUGCCAUCACAAACCAGACGCCAGGACUCAACGUCAUUACAGAGUACAUAAUUGGGUAUAUCUACCCAGGAUAUCCUGUCGCUAACAUGUGCUUCAAGGUCUACGGAUACAUAAGCAUGACACAGGCUAUCACCUUCCUCCAAGACUUCAAACUUGGCCACUACAUGAAAAUCCCACCAAGAACUAUGUUCAUGGCACAGGUCGUGGGAACCUUCAUAGCUGGUUUUGUCUACUUGGGAACUGCAUGGUGGUUAAUGGAAACAAUCCCCGACAUCUGCGAGUCCUCAUCCUCUAUAUGGACUUGUCCCAGUGACACCGUCUUCUACGACGCAUCAGUAAUAUGGGGUCUGCUUGGGCCUAAGCGAAUUUUCGGCAAUGAAGGCACUUAUGGAGCGGUGAACUGGUUCUUCUUGGGCGGAGCAGUUGCGCCUUUGCUUGUGUGGCUGGCCCAGAAGGCCUUCCCCAAUCAAGAGUGGAUUCGGCUAAUUAACAUGCCAGUCCUUUUAGGCGCCACUGGAAUGAUGCCGCCGGCCACUGCAGUGAACUACAGUACGUGGAUUUUGAUGGGGUUCGUCUCCGGCUUUGUUGUCUAUAGAUAUCGACCGGAUUUGUGGAAGCGAUACAAUUAUGUCCUUUCGGGUGCACUUGAUGCCGGUCUAGCUUUCAUGGGGGUGCUCUUGUAUUUGGGGUUGGGCUUGGAGGAUAUAAGCCUCGACUGGUGGGGGAAUGAUCUUGAUGGUUGCCCUUAUGCCACUUGUCCUACUGCCCGAGGAGUUAAGGUGCCUGAUUGCCCUGUUAUCUACUAAUUAACAAGAUUGUAUGUACAUAGCUUGUUUGUGUGCCGGACCAUCAAUAACCUCAAGAUUAUCUUGCUUUCUUUCUUUCUUUUUCA